AGUUACAUAAGCGAUAAACUGUGGCAACAUCGACACACCUGACGACCUUGAUCUUCACACACCGAACAAGCACAACGUUUUUAACUCAAUAUCAGUCAGGUUCGGAGGACAUCACUCUUCCUCGAAAAAUUUGAGAGUCUUUUAUGGAAACUAAAACUAGCCAAUAACCAUGCCUCUGUGGAACAUGAUCUUUGGUGGCUUGUCAUCGGACUCAGACUCUGACUCGCCUAACAAUAGCGACAACAACAACGUCGCAACGCUCAGGAGUUUCAACAGACCAGGCCCCGACGGGCAGAUGCCGCCUACAGACAGGAGAUCAAACCUGGAAGACAGCAGAACGCCACCAAGCGCCCGGCGUGCCCGGGACAUCAGACGCACGCUUGAGGACCAGACAACUCCUCCAGACAGCAGACUGAGUCAGAGUUCAUCUGCCACAGACUCAAGCGAUGCCCCGAUCCCCGCGGGUACGAGUGGCACUGAUGAUUCCCCUGAGCGGGGGAUCUGGCGGAGCAGGACAGGAGGAUACCUCCUUUAUGAUGACUACUCACGCCCGGCGCGCGAGACCAGAAGUCGCCCUGGCGCCUACAUGCAGGAUAUCGUAGCCAACACGGGUGAAGAUGAGGUGCCAACUUCCUUUAUCCUGUGCAUAGCUGGUAUUGUAACGGUUGUUCCCUUGGGCAUGUUUUUAUUCAAGCUCGCAACUUCGAUAAAGGAUAUUUUUAGUCGCUAGAUUCAUGCAGAUUUAAGCUCGAGAAUUUUAUUGAAAUUAUUCAUGACGGUGGUAAUUUUAUGCGAUCUAGACGUUGGUUUUCCAGAAUGCUUUUACCUGCCUCGAAUUAAUUUUGAUUGGAUUUGUAUAUAUAUUUUUGAAUUUUCAGAGUAAUACCGACAAAACUAUC